AUGAACAGCAUUGGUCUGAAGGAAUACAUGAUAACGCAUCUCUCAGAUAUAAAUGGACUGCGUGAACAAGUCCCUAAGGCAUUGAAACUCUCGCCCAAUCCUGCUAGGCUUGUAUUGGAAUGUAUUAACAAGGGGGGAAGCGAAAGGUAUGUUAAUAGCUCAAGAUCAUUAGCUUCUGUAUUGGCUUUGGAGUGCUUGUUGUUAGCUGCUGUUGAGAAUGACAAAGGGGCCAAGGAAGACGCGGAGCAGGCAGCUUUAGCAUGGCGGGAGAGAAUGAUUUACCAAGGAGGUGUAAUAAAGGCUCACAAAAUGGAUGCCCGAGGUUUGUUGUUGCUCAUUGGGUGUUUCGGGAUUCCACAAGCAUUUACAAAUCUUGAUAUCAGAUAUUUGGUUACGGUUAGUGAUGCCUGGGUGAUUUCUGGUGCCCUCAGGAGAUCAAGUGUUCUCAUGGAAAAGAUCCCAGAAAUAAUUGAGUGGAUGUUGAGGCAAAAUAUAGUAGUUGAGGCCGUUGACAUUGCCUAUACUUUUGGAAUGGAGGAGAGAUUUAACCCUCGUAGACACUUGACAUCAUUUUUACAUAACUCUGAAGUGUCAUUAUUGAACAAAACUAAGGGACUUGAGCAAGGUAUUACUGUGCGUUCAGUUAAAAAGAAGCACUUGUCUCAUCUGAAAUCUGUCAGCGAAUGUUUGGGACACCACAAGAUUGAUCCUACGAAACUCCUUCCUGGGUGGCAAAUCGACAUGAGAAUAAUGAACUCGGAGAAAGAAAUUGCUGAGUUGAAUAGGCAUAUAGGUGAGAAAGAACUUGCUGAAUUGACUAUGCGUAUAGGUGAUCAGAAGAUGGCACAAAAGAGAAAAAAUGAUGAGAUUGAGUCGUCGUCUUCUGGUAGUUUCAGCAACAAAGAAAUGAGACACUCACAUUUUCCGAAUCCAAAUCCAUGGCCACCACAACAACAAAGAGUUGUUAAUAAUGUUGGUGAUAGCAAUAACACCUUAUUAGGAGGUGGUGGAACUGCUGGCCACAUUUAUGGUUAUUCUCUAUCCUCAUCGGUAUUGCAUGGAACUGUUGCAGGCUCAAUACACGAAAAUGUUGUUGGCUCACUGGCAGGACCCGUGGGAGGUGUUGCGGCCAUGGAUGGCGCUGGUGCAGGUAAAUCAGUGCAAGGAGGUUCAGGUGUUGAUCAUACACCCGGGCAAAUAGGAAGUCAUAUUGGUCAGUUAUAUGGAUCGCGUGGUGAUGCAGCCGUGUAUGACAAACUAGCCUCCCACAGCUAUGCUUAUAGGCCAUCAUCCUACUUGGAAGGCUCAAGCUCUACGGGAUUGCCAAGCACCACACCCGGCGAUGCUUAUUGGCCAACGCCAUACACGGAAAGCUCUAAGGCGUUUCCAAACACCAUAUCUGGUGAUGCCAAUAGGCCACCACCAUACUUGGGAGGCUCUGCGGGGUUGCCAAACACCAUAGCUGGUGACGCUUACAGGCCUCCACCAUACUUGGAAGGCUCUAUAGGGUUGCCAAACACCAUACCUGCACCAUAUCAGUUUGCUGAUACUGUUCCAGCAACUGAACUACACCGAAGCAGUGGCUCACGAGCAGAUCAUGUCCCAUCUGCUGCAGUUGCUCAUCCUUCAUCCUACUUGUACUUGAAGAGAUAG